CACGGACGGAGGUCAGGAGCGGCGGUUGGUGGAUAUGAUAGUAAUCAUGUCUGAGGUUUUCUAUCCCUGAGAAUUGUGGAUGCUGGAUCACUGGAAGUGUUUAAAGAUGAGAUGUCCUCUGAUGAUGAAAGGAUUUCCAGCCCUGUACUCCCCAAAGAUUCAGAUCGAGGUAGUUCAGUUUCUUCUGAUCUACAGGAUGAGUAUGAAGAGCUCCUGCGUUAUGCAGUAGUAACUCCAAAGUGGGUUUCUGACUCCCCCAAGCAAUCACGUUGUGUAACAAGACUUUCAACAGGCAACAGAGGUUCCAGUGCAGUGCCAGAUGACCAAUCUCCUCAGCAUUUUGCAGCAGGUGCAACUUUAGAAGAAAGACAUGAAAGUGCUUUCAGACAGCAGACUGCAGACAUACAAGUGGUCUCAGACAAACCUGAUGCAGCAACAGUAACAAAACCAGCAGAAGACCAGGAAGUUCAUCAUCGGACUCCUUCAUCCGUUUCAAACACAGAUUUGCCUGUUGGACCAUUCACUUUUUCUGAAAGAGCUUCUUCAAAUUUGCUGGUUUCCAGAAAACCUGAAAUGUCUGACCCAGUAUGUCAGUUAUCUAUUCCAGCUGAGAAUCUGGACAAGGUAGAAAAUAUACUCAACACUGCCAGUGACCAACUUAAGGCCAAUAUUCUAUCUGAAAUUCGCCAAUGGAGAUUGUCAGUCAUUGAGCAGCACAAACAGGAGUUGCAAGAUGAAAAGAUGAAACAUGAAGCUCAAGUUGCACAAAUGAUCUGUCAGGCUGAGAACUUGAACCAACUAAUUUGUACAUAUGAGGAAUCCGUUCGAAGAAAAGAUGAGGUGAUCACCAAUUUGAUCCAUGGCAUUCAAAAUCUGAAAGAGAAGAUAGAAUUGAUGCGCCGAUUUACACAGUGGCGACUUCAACAUUCGGAAGCAAAAAUGGAAGCGUAUGCAAAUGCCCUGGCUGAAAGACACUAUAAGUUCUGUCUGAUGAAGAAGGUGUGUACAGCUUGGAAAUCAGAAAUGCAAACAAAAUGGAAAGAGAGAGUAGAAAAGGCGUGUCAAGCUCGUGCUGAGGAGGUCUGUAUCCAGUUAUCCAGGGAUUACGAAAGACAGCUCGAUACAUCAAGGGAGGAAUUGGAAAGCGCAAAAGCAGAGAUAAGACGGUUGUUAGCUGAAAAGGACAAGUAUACUGAUUCUAUGAAGAAAGCAUUCAUGCGUGGUGUAUGUGCUCUCAACCUAGAGGCAAUGAGUAUGUUUCAGAAUGGAAACAGGAGAGUGGAACACGAGUCCGACUCUGAACACAGAAGAGAAGAUCCGAAUCACUGCUUUGAUUCUGCACCCCAAGCAGAUGGAGGUUUGGUUGCUCCUAUUUCUACAACUUUGGAUCCUUCAAUUCCUUUCGAAUCUGAUCGAAUGGUUGCUUUACAUUUUGGUUCUACAAAUGUUGAUCAAACCAGACCUGGGGAGCCAAGUAUUCAACCAGUUACUGUUGCUAUGUCAUCUUCAGCGUCAGGAUUCCAAGCCACUCAGAAGCUGCCCACGACUAAGUGUGUGACAUCGAUACAGCAAAACGCUGGAAAAACCAUAGUGGCACGUUUAACAGGGCGAUCUGACCCGUUCCUGAAAGGAGUUAAAUUUGGAUCAUGCCAGGGAGUGGCACCACCAAUGACUACAGUAUGUGUAGAAAAACAUCAUCCAGUUACACAGCAAACCAUUGGUCAAGGGACAGCAGCCAAGUAUCCUCGGUCAAACCAGCCUCCCUCAGGAGGGAAAGUUGCAGGUCAGAAUGCAAAAUCACCUCCUGUCAGCUGUGGCGUCCAAUCAAUAAAAGUUGUUGACUGAGUGCCUCAUCAUCAAAAAUGCUAGAAACCUAGUGAGUGGGUGAUGCAUUGUGGAAGCCACUGAAGUCUCCAGGCUUUUCCAUCUUUUGGGUUUUCAGUCGUCACCCUUACUAAUGCUAAUGAUCUAACCUAUAUGCAAAUUUGCAAUUGCAUUAUUGUAUGUGGUGUCCAUUCAAAGUAUUUUGCAGACAGUGUAGAGUUUGACUUGUGCAGGGAAUGUAUCAAUAUUCUUUAAAUGCUGCGAAACUCACUAUUGAUUACAGGGUUAAAAGAACCUUGUAAAGUUAUGAACUCAACCAUAAGGUUUUUUUUUGUUUAAAGACAGCAUCUAUCAUUGUAGGAAUUGUGAGUUAAGGAGAUGUAGCUCCACAAUUGGAGUUGUACAGUAUUCUCCACUCUAUUUUUCAAACCCAUGGAAGAAGUAUUUGGCAGUGUUUUAGAGUUACUAUUUAUGUGCUUUAUGAUAAUACAACUAAGUGGUUGCAUAAAAAUACACUUUCUAAGUAAUGCUAGAUUAAGUAGAAUCCUUAAAUAACAUUAAUGCUCAAUUUUAUUUCCAUUUCCUGUCUGCUAAUCACAUUAUGGGCCAGGAUAUAUUGUCAAAAUCUGUGGUAGUAAGUGGGACAUUUUAGGAAGAACUAUUUGAGCAACUAUUAAAACAAGUUGUCACCAAUAAUAGAUUGCAGAAUUAAAUCUUUUGACUGGAAAGCAUCAUUAAAACACUUGUAUUUUAAUUUUGUAUCAAUGCUGCCACUUCUAUUGUCUUAUCAAGUACAUUUUAUGUAAUCAAUUUCUGGCAUUGCCAUUGGGAAUUUAAAAUCUGAAUUCAUGCAGUUUUUAGAAAUAUGCUGAAACAGCAGACAUGAUGCAGAGCACCUAUCUGCUGCUUUUAUAAGAAUGGCAGAGUGCAAUUUGGGAAUAGGAAUACUAAUUUUUUUGAAACUCUUUCUUCCACUGUCCCCAUUAUGCAAUAAUAAGGGACAUGGAUAGACUUGGCAGUGUUAAGGGGUGUGGGAUGGUAAUAUUAUUGUUGAGAUACAUAUGGCCUUAAAGUGUCUUAAAUUUGUUUUACCUGUUCAAACCAAGAAUGUUCUUGAACCUGAUCCAUUCCAUAUACUAAAGAAUACUGACAUUGGGCUUGGCACAGCUGAGUGUUAGAUCAUGUUUGAGCUGGUCAUCAGAAACCAUUGUUUUUAAUUUUCAUUGUUAAAACUUGUUCAUCUUGAAAUAAAAUUUUGCCAGAUAUAUUUGGUUUGAAGAGCUAGUUUUUGUAAUAUAACUUAUAGUUCCUAUUCAACUGUGCAAUGUAAGCAGUUUUGUUCAUUUUUGGAGUACAAAUCGAAGUUUGGUUUACAGGUAUAAUGUAAAUUUCUUCUGUAUAAAUAUGUACACUUCACUUUUAACUUUUGUAUUGCAGAUUUUUAAUUUGUUAUUAUAGAACUACAACAAAUGUAUCCCCGAUCUGAUUACUUGUAUUUU